GCACAGCGGACCACCGGCACAAGACCUCCCCCCUUCCAGUACACAGGACACCAAGACGUGCACUCCUGCGGACCGUCAUGGCUCAGUUCGCAACGACGAUUCUGGCAGUGCUUCUUGGAUCCCUGGUCCAGAGCAGCCACCAAGGGUUCCUGAGCGGAGGCAUCGACCGAGGCAACAACAACGGCAAUCAGAUUGGAGGACAAGGACCACCUCCGCAAAGUCUGAUGGAGGCCCUGCAAGAAAGCGGAGGGUUCCGGGUGUCCGGUCCUUAUCAGGUUUCGGCAGCACCAUUCCCAAUGACUUCCGGUGCUUUUCCGGGACCUGCACCUUUCCAAGGCGGCCAGGGAGGAUUUCAAGGAAACAGGAACCAAGAAGGAAACAACGGAAAGUUCGGAGACUCUGGGGGUGGUUUUCAAGGCAAUGGAAACUUCCCCAGGAAUGGUGACAACUUCCAGGGUCCCCGGGGCUUCCAGGGGCUAGGAAGCUUCCAGAGCUCAGGAAACUUCCAGGGUGCCGGAAACUUCCAGGGUCCUGGAAACUUCCAGGGUUCCGGAAACUUUCAAGGCUCUGGAAACUUUCCUGUCACAGGAAAUAUUCAGGGUCCCGGAAACUACCAAGGGCCAACUGGAUUCCAGGGCCACUCUAACUUCAAUGGACCCACCAACUUCCAAGGGCACUCUAACUACCAGGGACAGUCUAACUUCCAGGGACAAGGCAACUACCAAGCCCAAGGGGGGAUCGGCGGCCUCCAGGGAAACAUUGGUGGUACUCAGCGAGGCUUUCAGGGUGGCGCAGGUGGACCCUUGAACAUCCGCAACCAGUUCGGACCUUCUCCACCUCCGCGCGCUCCAGAGGCGCCGCACGUGUCGAUACAGCCAGCCAGUGUGAAAGUUGUGUACGUGCCUGUGGUCUCUACGAGUAUCAAGGCUUCUAGUCUCAGCAAGCUGACGGGCGAGCAUGCUUCAGGAAAGGACGGCACCAGUUCUUACUUCACGGGCAGUGGCGCACAGACCGGACUGUCGCAGCAAGAAGUGACGAAGCCAUCUUCGUACGGCGCCGGGUCAUACGGAGUUAAACCUACGGGAACGAGCAAGCACCACGGUCACACCAACGGAGGCCACGCAACAAUACCCAUAAUAAUCAUUCAGAAGGAGCACCACCAUAGCGCAAAGAGCUUGCAGCCUGUUUCCUUCCCGACGCAGGCAUCGCAACAGACACAGAACCAGCAGGGCAGCGGCUUGACGUCAAGCGGCGACUCUUCGAAGCCUGGCUACGGUAUUAACAAUAGGGCGCCCACAGAUACUCAAUUUCAGACGCGAGGUCACCAAGAACACCAUCAACGCCAGCAAGCUCACCACCGCCAGGAGCACCAAGGCCAUCACCAGCAGCAGCAUCAGCAGCUAGUGGCUCAGCAGCAACAGCAACAGGUGGCGCAACGCCAAGUCGACAACGGUCACCACGACUCGACAACUCGCAACGGGCAUGGAGGAACGGGAGCUGUGAUCCCAGUCAUCAUUAUUCAGAAGACGCUACAGAAUGCAGGUCGGCCACAGCACUCGCAUCAUCAACAUCAGUCCAGUGGCUACAGCGUGCCCGCAGCGCCACCACCGGUGCGCGGACCCACGGCUUGGAGUCCGUGGAGGUAGGAGACGCCCUCCUCAAGCUGUGCCCGUUUCAAACAUACUCAUCCACCCUCCCCCACCGUAAUGACGACGAAUGCGAAACAUUAAAGGACAUUAACGCG